GUAUAUACCAAGGAUAAAUGUGAAGUUACUGGUGCCAUAGACACAAAAAUUAAUACAAAUAGAUGUCGGUAAUAAAUUCUAUAUUAAUUUAGUAUUUAAAGAAUAACAAUUAAUAUUUUUUCAGCCAUUGCGUAUUAUAUGAUUUUAUUUUAUUCAAUGCCCAUAUGUAACUGCAGUUACAUUCAAUUGUACUGUAACCAGGAUAGUAUAUAUCACAUAAAUGUAUAAAAGAGAAUGAAAAUGAUAUCACAAUCCUUUUAUUAUAUCAAUUUAUUGAUUCCGAAACCUCAGGACUAUCGUUUGUUCAGAAACUUGAUUAUAAACUACGUCUAUAUAAUUUAUGACUGGAAAUGGAAUGAUCGGCUUUAAUUUCGCGCCGCGUGACGUCAUAGUUUGUAUCUACUUAAAGGGGAUAGGGCUGUUAAGGAUCUAUCUCCUUUAUGUUUAAAUAAAAUAAUGUCUAAAAAGUUUCAAACAAACGGAAAAGGAUUGGGUGUCAACAACGUGGUAAAAGUGAAGUGUACAGAGCCCGAACUUCAAGAAGAAUCACUUUUAAACGUUACAAUCGGCUCUUUAAACGUCAAGCGGUGGAACAUACUCAAGUCGGUGUAUUCCUGCAAGAGUAACGAGCACUUCAUCAGCAAAUUACUAGAUUUGGCACAGGAACAUUUGGAUAAGAAUGGUCUUAACUCUCCUGAUGAUAUACAAACAAAAACUCCAAGAAAAAAUGGUAAAAUCAACAAAUCAAAGCAGACAUCGCCGAAGAAAAAUAAAAAUGAAGUUGCUUCAAACUUGAAAAAUGUUACAGAAAGUAAAAAUAUAGAAAAUUAUAAGUCAGCUAAUAUAUCUAGUGCUGAAAAAAACACAGAGGACUCAAAUUCGAAUAAUAACAACGCAAAUACUUAUACAGUAUUAUCUGCAAAGACUAAGACAGAAAUCUCGCAAAUUUCUAUUGCUAAAACUGAUGAUGAUCCAACUACUAAGAAGGUUAAACCAGUAUUAAAUGUAGAAAAACCAAUAAAAAAAGAAUGCAAGAAAAAAGUGGAAUCUGAAGUGAAGAAGUCCACAGAUGCAAACUCAACCAACCGCGAAUCACCUGGCAACAAGGGUUGUUUAAGGUGCCAGACCAAUCAUGAAACCAACUGCUGCCCAAUAGACAAUCCUAAAGUUGUCAUCAAUGAUUCAAUUGAUCAAGACAAGUGGAUUGAAAAAUAUAAACAUUCUUUUGAUACAGAAACUGAUAAUAUAAAAACAGAAAAAACAGACACAAAUGAAGAUGUUAAAUACAAUAACAGUUAUGCCAAACUAAGUUUACCCUAUACGUUGUAUUUGGAGGAGACAAAUACUAGCCAUGGUUUGGGUGUAUUUGCAAAAUAUGCCCUACAAGCUUUUAGCCAGUUUGGCCCAUUAAUUGGUAAACACGUUAAAGAAGUCGAUAUACCAGAAGAUUGUAACAUGAAGGAUCUGUGGGUAAUAUAUGUUGAUUCUGGUAAUAGCGAAAAUAAACCAGUUUAUAUAAAUACGGAAGAACUUGAAAUAUCUAAUUGGAUAAGAUUUGUUCGUCCCGCUCCUCAGAGAGAGGAUAAAAACGUAUCUGUGAUUAUAAAAGAAGACAAACUAUACUUAAUUAGUGUAAGAGAAAUCAAGUCAGGAGAGGAAUUGCUGUACUGGCAAGACUUUAACUUAACCAACAAUAAGAAGAAAAUGGAGAAAACUUCUUGUGGUGGCUGUAAUAUGACUUUUAGUCAUCCAUUUUACUAUAGGACACAUUGCUCAGUGUUCCACGACGUUCGAUUUAGCUUAACCAUUAGGAAAUAUCACUGCAAAGUUUGUGGUGAGGCUGUAUUAGGAAAGGAAAAUAUUAUGAAGCAUGCCUCUGAACUACAUAAUGGACAAGGGGCUUAUCAAUGCCAAUUUUGCAAAAAGUUCUUCUUACGUCUCAAUUAUCUAGAAAUGCACAGGACAUAUGGAUGUUCAGCAAACCCCCAUAGAGCAAGACCAUUAUGUGAUUUUUGUGGUAGGAAAUUUUGUCAACCUCAGAAGCUCAAGGUCCACAUAAAACGCAUGCAUAGCGAUUUUUCUGUGGUGUUGAAAGAAUUCCAAUGCAAAAUAUGCAUGAAAAUUUUGGGAUCCAGGGCAGCUCUUCAAAGACAUUUAAAGGAAGUCCAUCAAAAACAAUUGGAUGGCACUUGCACAUGUGUAAGGUGUGGGAAACAUUUUCAAAACAAGUCAAAUUUAAAAAUUCACAUGUUAACACACAGUGGUAUUAAACCAUUUAGGUGUUCUGUUAAAGAAUGUACAGCUGCCUUUACAACUAAGCAGUGCUUGCAAUUUCACUACAAAAAAAUACACAACUAUACAGAAGACAACAUGCCGAAAAUUGAAAGAAGCGUCGAUUAUACCUUCCAAGCCUACAGUGGGUCUCAAGAAGAGGAAAGAGAAAGGAGGAAUAAUGAAGAAGAUGAUUCACGAAAUAGUGAUAUUGACAUGGACGAAGACAGUUUAGAUAUAAAAAGUAUAGAUGAUCCACCUGCCCUGCAAUCACCUUUGGACAUAGACGAACAAUCUCAGCAAGAAAAUCCAUCUCCACCACCAAUGAAUGAUUACAACAACACACCAGCUCUUUCAAAUCUCAAAAUCCUCACAAAAGGUUCCAAAAAGUGGAUAAGUGAUGAACCCAUGCAACUAGCCAAGCCAGACAUUUAUACGGACCACAGAUUAAACAAAGACGACAUAAACACCUCAUCACUUGAAGCUCAAGAACAAAAUAUUUACGACAGGACGAAAAUAUCCAAUUUAACCGAUUACGGAAGAAACACCGAAGCAUCAAACGCGAGCUUACUCGUAGAAGCUGCCUUAGACUCAGUUUGUAGUGAACCGAACAUCGAUAUUGAUGUGGGAACUGCAGCGAGUUGUACUGAUUCGUUAGUGAACAACCUUUACACGUUGGCCCCCCAUGAUAACUUACCGGACGUGUCUUACAACAGCAACAUGUGUAUAAACGAAUCUAGAGACAUUAAUUUAAUUUCCCCUUCUGUUAACGAUCAUAUUUCAGUUACAGACGAAUUAGGGGAUGAACUGAGACAUAACCAAACGAUUGGUAUUGAUUAUUCGAAUUUUCAACAAGAGGAAUUCAGUCCGGUGAACAGUCCGGAGGCGCAUCACCGGUCGAAUUUUGUUCGCAAUUAUAUCAACACAUUGUCCCCGCAUAACUAUACGCAUCAAAAGAACUUGUCACCCGUGCCGAGCCCUCCUCGUUACGACUUCGGGCAUGGAGUGCAGAACGAACACUUGUCUUCAGAUGACAGCAACGGACUAGCUGCUCAAAAUUUAAGCCUUCACAACACCAAGAAUGUAAAUCAAUUAGAUUUGUCGGUUUACAAGUCCCCAUAUAAGUUGGACACGCAGGAUUACAUGAGGAAAGAUUUCAGACUGAAGUUUGACAGUGAAAUCAGUAGAAAGAUCCAUCAGCAAUCAGAUGGAGGUUCAAAACUGUAUAAUGAUGGGGAAAAUCCCCUAGACCAGGAACAGAUUGAUAAUCUUAACCAACAUGUAAUAUCAGCAAUGAACGUUGAAGAUAAAUCAACCGAUAAUCACGAUCGGGCUAAAUAUCCAGAUGAUUUAUCAACAGAUAUUAGAAAUAAAUUUGAACUCGACUUAGAUAUGCGGUUGAAGUCGUAUGAAAAUGUGGAAAGUGAUAUACUAAGGAGGGGGGGUUCCUACGAGCCAACAACUGCCGAAAUUGAUUUCAGGAACAAAAAUUACGAUUUAGUCGACAGUAUCGAUUCCAGAAAUAAAUCUUAUGAAAAUAUAGAAAAUGAAUUCAGGACAGAAAGGAAUUUUGAACCAUUAGUGUUGAAUUCCACUGAGCUGCAAGGGUUGGAUAUGUCAGCAAGGAGUUUCCACAAUUAUACCAACAUCAACCGUUAUCAUCAUUUAUAUCCAGAUGUGGAUAGAGUGGAUUUAAGAUUAAAUUACAGUCCUCCACCUCCGACUUAUACACACGCAGAUAUUCUACGAGUGGUUUCUUUGGAUUUGACGCCUCCAGGACGCCAUAGUGUGGACUUAAGCUUAAGAAAUCAUCCUUUACAUACAAUAGCUAACAGGGGGUUGUUAGGAGACCAUGGCAUUCAACCAAACCCACAUCGCCUGUUGGAUCAAAGUAGACUACUAACAUCCGAUUUGUCAUCCAGUCGUUUGUUAGCAGAUUCUGGCCCUAGAAUACUCUCAGAUCACACAACCAAUAGAAUUUUAUCAACGAAUGACCAAUUAACAACAAAUCAUCUAAUAACGUCGGACACAAGUCGAUUGUUGUCGGAAGAUACCCGUAUUUUAUCGGAACCCCCGAGAUUACUGGAACAGUCCAGACUACUCGGUGACAGUAGAAUCCUUCAGCCCUCCACGCCAAACGGCACAGUGUCACCAGUACCAGGCUUUUCCGGGUACUCAGUCGCGCAGGGUCCAUAUCAUCCAACACCAAUUGCUCCGCGACCCCAUGUUAAUUCUCCCACACCGUCACCAUAUCAUCCAUACUCUUCUUAUUAUUAAGUUUAACUAUUAAAUUUUUAUAUAAAUUGUGACAUCAAAAUUAGAAACGUGUAAUUACUUUUACUAGCUUUUUUGUCUUAGUGACAAUUCUGAAUUGUUUUUUAACAAAUUUAUUUAAAUUAUGUAUAUUUUUAAUUGAUAUUAUUUAAAAUGCAUAGUGUUAUAAAUUAUUAUAUUCAAAAAGGUAGUGUCAACAAUAACUAUAUUUAUUGUAAAUAUAUUUUAUUUAUGUUAAUUAUUGUGCCGUAUUUGUGUAUGUAGAAUUAUUUUAAGUGUAUAAGUCAUUCUAGUCAAUUUUAUAUAAAUUAAUUUAUGUGCCAUGUGUUGUGUUUUACUUUA